AUGGGAACAAAAAGGGAAUCAAUGGCCUCGAUGAAACCCGAUGAGGGAGAUGUCUUGGCACCUCCACAAUCAAAUUUAGGCCUUGGGGAAGAUGAUCCAAUAGACGACGACGUCAAAGAGUGCCCCUUCUACGGUUGGAGGAGAUGGAGUUCUAGCAAAAAUAGGAGGGGGAAUGCACCUGUGAGUGGUGACUGUGCUGGCCUCGGCCUGGGCGACGCUAGUCAAUGCUUGGGCUUGGGUGAUGCCUUGGACAGAGGAGAAGAGGGCGCCAAUGGAGAGGAUGACGAUGCCUUGCACCAGUAG